GGAGGGAGACAGACUGAAGUGGAUGGGCCAAGACCUGGAUGCACAACUUUGAAAAGCAGGAGCAGGACUCUGAGUCUGGGAUAAUUUUACUCUGGGCCUUGAAAAGGGUGAGGUGGACUAUAGACUUUUUAAAGUUUUACCUCACUGGGGAGAGAGGAGAAGGAUCAUUGCAGGGUGAACUGUGAUUCAGAGGGUCCAGAUGGCAACCAUGAUGGGCCCGGCCUUUGUUGGAGUCUGGCUCUAGAGUCCACAAGGGCUCUCACUUCAACCGGACACAUUCCAAAGGACGUGUGCCCAUGAGGUCGUCACCACUGGUCCUGCUCCUCCUGAUUGGCGUCCAGGCUGUACUGAACAUGGGAGGUGGAUUGGCCCGGAGCACCAGGACAACCAAUCGCAGGGCAGGACAGCAGGAGCCAGCAGCCAGGGACCACCUCUCACAGGACCACACUUUGCAGCAGAGUCAUAGGACCACCCAUCACAGGACCAAGAGGCCACAUCGGGCAGCUUCAAAUACACAGAACAAGAGCCUUGUCCUCGGACGAUCCUCAGCAGGUGCCUCCCCUGAUGCUUCAAGCCUAGUGGUGGACCCCAAACUCUUCUCUAAGAGACAUUACCGCCCCUCACCCCGUGUUGUCUUUAGUGAGGUGCCCCCAUCGCACGAUGCCCUGGAAGGUGAAGACUAUGACAUUGAAGGCGUCAGAGGGGUGAGGGUGAGGCGCAGAGCAGGAUCACACACCAUGCAUCGAGGAGAGUACUCUGUGUGUGACAGCAUAAACGCCUGGGUGGGGAACCUGACACGAGCCACAGACAUAGCAGGAAACGAGGUUACUGUGCUCCCCAAUGUCACAAUCAACAACGUGGUAAAAAAACAGUUCUUCUACGAGACCACCUGUCGAUCCCCCACACACAGGGGCUUCGGGGCCGUGAACGGGGGACGACCCGGAGGUCGAGGUGGGAAACAGGGUUCCAAAUCAGGCAACUCAGGUUGUCUUGGCAUUGACAGUCGCCACUGGAACUCCUACUGCACUAACACACACAUAUUUGUAAGUGCCCUGACCGUCUUCAAGGAACGGACAGCCUGGCGUUUUAUCCGUAUUAAUGCUGCGUGCGUGUGUGUUCUCAGCAGGAAGUCUUGGCCCAACAGACUGGGGCACUGACUGACGAGGAUGACUCUGGACCUCUGGACUAUGAAAGCGCACACACAUUUUUACCGAACAGCCACUGCAGCUUUCUUGCCAAGCCAAUACUCUAGUCCUUUCCUCCUCGACUCACACACUCCUACUGGUCACAGUUUUCAAGCAGCACACAGACAAAACACACACUUUUAUUAAACCCCUCAGCCCC